AUGAAAUUAGGUGAAACUCUAUAUACUCAAUUAACUGAUCGUCAAUUAUCAAUUGAUAAACGAUUAGAUUUAACGGAACAAUAUUGGACAACGGAUUCGAAACAAAUGAUAUUUGAUUGGUUAUCAGGUCUUGUUAUCAAUCGAAAAAAAUCAGGUUUAGAUUCAAAUGAAAUUGUUCAUCGUAUUUGGCAUCAAUUGAUCUACUGUUUGAAAAAUUUAUCGAAAGAACAAGUCAAUAUCAAAGCAUCAUUUAUUAAAGCUAUAAUUGACACAUUGUGUAAUGAAACUGGCGAAUCAAAUAAUGCAGUAAUCGAAUGUUGUUUAUUAAUUGGUAAUCAAGGCAAAGAACUUGAUUAUAAAUAUGAACAACUAGUUGAUUUAUUACGAAUCGUUUUGACAAAACAUAUAGAAAACGAACAACUGUUAACCAUGGUCUUACAAAAAUAUUCCACAACUGUCCGUGUACAAGGAAAUAUAAAUAAGGUAUUUCUUGAUUUAUCGAAACAAUUAUUUUCUCCUUUAUUGGAUGGUCGUUCACUUUAUCCAUCAUUGUUACCUCUUAUUGAUGAUAUUCUCAAACAUAUUCUCUUCCAUAGAACAUGGAUAUCUGCUUAUCGUGAAUAUAUACAAUCGAUAUCCGCAACUAAACCAAUUUCAUGUCCAGUAUCACCUUUAUUCACGGCACUUGAAACACUGAUUCGUGCAGGAAAUUCAAAUGUUAUCAAUUUUCUUCCGCUUGUCUUUCGUCAUUGUAUUAAUCUAAUUGAUCCAGAAAAAGUAUCUGAUAUAUUUGAGUUACUUGUUCAAAUGAAUACUUGGCUUGAAAAAAUUGAAAAUGAAAAUUUAUAUAUUGAUGGUAUUUGUCAAUUACUUCGAAUUCUUGAUGAAAAACAUUUAAUCGAUCAAUUAUUAAAUAAUUCAUUAGAAGAACGAAUAACAAAUUGGAUGAAAGAUAUUUUAUUUAAACGUUCAUUUGAACAUACAAGUGAAAAUUAUGCUAAUCUAUCUGUUGUUUGUCUUUGCCUUCAUCCGACAUUAGUCGAAACAAAUUUAUCUGAAUUAACGAAAUUAUUUAGUCAUUCUAAUCAAUGUCUUUCAAUAUUUCUUAUUGGUUAUAUUGAUUUAUAUUCUCGAAUGAGAUCUUUACCAAAAUUUACUAAACGUUUAAGUAUUGCAUUUGAUACAUCAAUUAUUCUUCCCGAUCAAGUUUUAAAACAUUAUCGAAAAUGCACAUCAGAAUGUACACAUACAUUAAUCGAUGAAAUUUGGUUAUCAUUAUUAGAUCAAUUAGAUAAUAAUAGAAUAAAUUUUAUUAUUAUUCAAUUAAUUAGUGCACUUCUGGAUGGUUAUCGUUUAUUUGAUUUAAAUAUUUCCCAUGCUACUUUAAUAGAACAAAGCAAAAUAAAAUACGAUAGAACAUUAGAAAAAUUACGCCAACAGGUUAAUGAAAUCAUGUCAACAUCGUCAAAUGCAACUCACCGUAUUUGUAUUCUUCAAUGUUAUCUAUCGUUAGGUUGGUUUUCAUUAUGUCUGACAUCAUUUUUAUCAUCGAUUCCUCCUGUUUAUGAUCUAUAUAAUCAUAAUGGUCCGUUGCUUUCUCAGACACAAUGGAUAUCUCUACAAGCUGAUACUGAAAUACAACCAAUAUUGUUUUCUCUUGCAUGUCAACGUUUAUAUCGAGCAUUAGCAGUAAAUGAAAACGAUAUUGAUCCGAAAUUCAUCGAAAAUUUGCUUGAAUUAUCAUCAUUUUCAUCGACAACAGUCGUUGAUCAACUGGAACCAUUUUUUGAUUUUUUACCAAAAACAAAACAAUUGAAAUUGGUCAAAUUAUUCAUAAGACAUAUUAUUGAAAAGCCGAAUAUUGAUCGCACUUGGUUUAUAUCGAAUGAAGAUCGUCUUCGAUUAAUUGUUCAAGCAUCUGUUGAAUAUGCUAUAGAAACUAAUUCUCAUGAUGAUUCUCAAAUCAAAAAGAAACGAAAAAUUGAUUUUGAAGAAAAUAUUGAUUCAUUUUAUGAUCAUUUACAAACAAAAUCAUGUACAAUUGAUGGGAAAAUCAUCUCACUAUUUACUACGGUUACUUUUGAGAGUAUUCAAACACCUGGCUUGUUGAUAUCAAUUGGUUGGCUCGCAUUAAAUACUGCACCGGUAUCUUUAGAAUCUAUGCAAAUACUUCUUGAUAUAAUUCAUUCAUCAAAAGUUUUACCACUUCUAUUGAUCAAUCAUUUAUUAGAAUUUACUUUGAAUACAAACAAUGAAAACAUGAUUGAUCAAGUAUUAACAGUUCUAUCUGCUAAUGAAAAUUAUCAAUCAAUCGUAAAAACAAAAGCCAAUCAAAUUAUUAAUACAAUGAAGUCCAAUGAAGACUAUCAAAAUAUUCGUUUAUUAGAAAAACAUCUUCUAUUAUUUAAUCAUAGUCGUUAUUUAAUAUCUUCGAAUGAUCUUUGCUCAAUCAUUGAUCGUUUAAUUAAUUCGUCAACUCAUUCAUCGAUAUCGUAUUCGGCUUUAGAUACACGCUAUAUUAUAGCAAUGAUAAUAUUAAAUAGUGUAUCAUCAUAUAAUAAAUAUCUAAUCUAUCUUCAACAAACAUGGAAAUCUAUUGCAAGAGAAAUUCAUGAAAAUGAUAAUUUAAAACAAGUCGUUAUUUCCUAUGCAAAACAUUGGGUAGACGUUUUUCAAUCAAAUUCAACAAUAGAUGAUAUCAAUUCAUUAGUUAAAUGUUUGAAUGAUCAAUAUGAAUUAAUAUCAAAAGUUAUUCAAGCAAUUGAUCAAAAUCAAUUUCAACAAUGGAUAGAAAAUUCCAUUCAAAAUAUAAAAAUUCCAUUAGAAGAUCAAGCAGACAAUAUUGAUAAUUGUCAACAAGCAUUUCAACUAUUACAAACAUUAACUCAUUGUUCGCUAAAUAAAGAACAAAACAUUUAUUUAAUGACAAUACUCAAUUCUACUCUCACUAAAUGCGGUUCAUUAUUAACUCAUCUUCCGAUGGAAUCUUCACGACUUUCUCAAGUUGUUUCUUUUGUUUUCAUGUUUGCAAAUAAUAUUCUAAUGGCGAAGAAGGCUCAAUUACGUUCUCAAAUAGCUUUAAGUUUACUUCAAUGCUGUCUUCAUUUACCAAUGGAUAUUUUAUUUUUACAACAUUCAAAUAUUUGUAAACUUGUCUCUUUGUUGAUUAAACAUCAUACAGCAACAUUGUGCAAACAUGUGCCUAUAGUAGAAACUAUUCUUAAAUUACUUCUUCAAUCUGUUAUUACACAAGCAAAAGAAAAACAACAAACCGAAGAAGAUUUAAUUGAAGCAGCACGUGAUAUAACAAAAUUAUCUGCUCACCUUAUUGAGCAAUGCAAAGAAGAUUUUCGUUCUACUAUUGUCUAUGUUCUUAUUGAUUAUGUUCAUCUAUUAUCUAAAGGCGUAUUCAUGUCUUCUGCACUUAAAAAAACUUUAAAUGGUGUAGCAUUUGAAUUAUUUCGAAUAAGUGGAGAACGUGUCGAACAAUAUAGUGGUCAAAUGUCUGUUGCUGAACGUGAAUUACUUAAGCAACUUCAUCAACAAUUUAAACAAUAUCAUAUGUUUAAAGGGGCCGUUUAA